CCGUUGUUGUUGCUGCGAUUGCUUCCGCAAUUUCGUGUUUUUGAUGCAUAUUUCAUGAUCCCCGACCACAUAUAAUCUUUAGAAGGUUGUCAUUGGAUUGGAAACAACUUCAUUUCCACCACCAGCAAAUGAUUUAAGAUUUUCACCAGCGUGUUUACUUUCUAAAUGCUGAAGCUGACAAAGGAAGACGAAGAAAGUCAGAAACGUCACGAGGGCUGAAGUCCGCCAUUAUUGCAUGCAAGGCACCUUGCCAAAACAAGUCGUUAAAAACGUUCAAAACUGUGAUCUGUGAGAGCUUGUCUACAAGAUGAGUAAAUCUCUGGUAGCUCUUACUUUCUUUGCAAUAUUCUUGUUAGUGGAAGGGGAUGGCAGCGACAAGAGUACUGAAGACUGUCAAGCUUUUAAUACACUUGGUGAUAAAAUUGAAGCUUUAGCUAAAUCCUACAAAUUGGCAGACUCAUGUACAACCUUCUCUAAUUGUUCAGGAAUUAAAUGCACUGGGGGAAUCUUCGGCAGAUCUUUCAGAGUUUCUGUGGGAAUGGAACAUUGUGAAAAGCCAGUGAGAUUAUGGAUGCACCUUUCAGUACAAAGUAUGAAUAUUGAUGAAUGGAGAGAGCUAAAAGAUGGCAUAAGAACUGAUAUUUUUAAGGAUAAAACUUUGCCAGCUAUCCUGCCGGUGACAGCAUCUGCAUAUGUCAUUCCAAACUUUGAGAGGACUGGAAACAACAUCACUUUAAGUGGAGAUAUGUGUGUUUCAUCUGCUUUGCUGGGAUCAAAGUGUCAGACUAUCCCAAAAGUGUCUUUACCAGUUUCAAGAGCCAUGUGUGAUCAAAAAGGAGGAGUCGUAACGCCAACAGUGCGAACCCCAAAACCUGUAACUAGGCAGUCAAGUAAUACAACAGCAACAAAAGCUCCAAAGCCUGCAGAACACAGCACAAAGAAGCUUGACGCACUUUCAAGAAGUUCAACUGAACAAAUUACAACUUUUUCAAAAGGGAACACAAAGAAAGAACAAAGCUCAUAUCCUACCAAAGUUUUACAAAGCUCAACACCAAAGAAAUCACAUGCCAAGGUCCAUGGGAGAAAGCAUAGCUCAGGUGCAAGCGGGAUCUCAACAGGAACAAAAGUUGCAAUCGUGUCUUCGGUGAUUCUGGCUAUUCUUUUGCUAAUUGGCCUGUUUGCUUAUUGGCGCAAACUGAAGAAAAAGCGCCCCGCCUAUUACAACGACAUCACCAUAAAUGCAGGGGACGAAGAACCCUUUAUGGAUAGCCACUUGGUGUUAUAAAUCGUCACAGAAGCACAGCUGUUAACAACCCUGGUUUACCUUUUUUCUUGUUUACAGUUUAUUCAAUCACGGGCAGCUAACGCGGGUUUUUAGUGCAAUGAACAAUGCAGCCCUUUUGUAAAUAAACGAAAUUUUUCCUCGAAUGAAACUCUCAUUUGCUCAUUAUGCAAAAGUGGGUUUCUCUUUAUUUCAAGUUGUGAUUAACUGAAUUUCUUAUAAAAAUGUUUCCCCCACUUUAAGAAAUUGGAUGCUUAAAAGUGAGUUUUUUACUGCACCUGCACAUAUGCCUGUUUUAGAAACAGUUGCCAGUUAGACUGUGCUAAAUGCUUGGGACGAUUUUGUUAUACGAUACGAUAUUUAUCAUUAUCUCUUAAUAAAUAAUUUUGGUUUUGUUGCAUAUUUAUGUAGCGAGGUUAUUAUAAAUGCAAGUUAAGUUCUUUGUUUUUUCGAGUUGCGUUUUAGAAUAUUUUGACUUUUAAGAAUCUUAUUUGUAUAAGAAACGAAUACUGGACAGUCAGAAAAAAUUAAGAAACUUCAGUACUCGAAGCAAAAGAAUUAAGAAAUUAUUAAAUCGUGAUAAAACUGAGAACAACGAAAUUUCGUAAAAUCCAAGAACAUGAUGGCCUAGAAAUUAAGACAAAAGGAACAAAAAUAUACUUCCCACGUCUAAAUACAGUGUCAGAACGGAAGCGAAUCCCUUGACAUGCACAAAAAGGUCACGAACAUUUCAUAACAUUAUUCAUGACAUCAUAGUUUAGAGACUCUUAAAAACAGUGAGUAUUGAAAUUUCCAGAACAUUAAGAAACUGGAGUACUCAACAUCGAUCUGUGUUUCUUAUAAAAAAAGUGAGUGUAAGCCGCAAUUGCCACUAAAUCACUUUACCCGUUGAGGGAAAUAUUAGCUCAGCUGUUUUUUUGGGGCGAGGGGGCUUAAUUGUUUGAGAUUUUAUGUUAUAUGGGUGGAUAUAACGUUGGGGCCGGGGGCACCAGGGGCACGUACUACCAAACUUGUUGAAAAAUGCCUCUUUUCUUAGAAGAGCCCUCUUUAGAAUUGUUUGAGAAGUGCCCCUUUUUCUGAGACGAAAUGCCCCUUCGUGCUUUUGCCCCUGUUUUUCAAUGCUUCCAAUAUUCCUGAGCAAGCUCACUGUGCAAAUAGCAUGUAGCUCAAGGAGAAUUCAAGGUUGAAGUAAAAGUUAGAAUUAAGCACCUACGUGUCUCAACGCACAAUUCACAUGAAAAUAAUGUUCAUGAUAAUAAAUAUUUGAGUAUUUGUUAAGACAGAAACAAACGACGAUUGGCGUCAGAAACACAACUUCUCAGAAAUUCAAUUUCGUGUUAUCUCUCAAGAUAGCAAAUAAUAAACAUCACGAGAUGUUGUAGCGCAGACCUGCUUUAUUUAUGCUCGCGGGAGCACCUCUUUUCAAACAUUAAUCUCAUACUGGUUGCAUGUUCCAGUUAUGUCAGUUGUUUUGAAGUAAUCUAGUAAUCUAGAUUAUUCUAGAUUAUUUGGUAAUCUAGAGAUAUGAUGACACCAUA